CGUCAUUACGGUAAAGCCGAGGAAGCCACUCCUCCGCGGUGUAAUCCUCCAUGGACGAUGAGGAGCAGCUCUCCGCUCUCCAUCAUCAUCUGCAGAAAAAUGCGAGCAGGGAGCGGCAACAAAAUGUCAACCCGGACUCCUCUCCCUCCGCCGCAGACAUGAGCGGAGCCCCGACCGCCUCCGCCACCCGCAACAAGUCGCUCUCACCAUGCGCAUCCACUGCAAAGUAGUUGCGAUCGCCGUGUGCUUCGGAGUUUUCCUACUUUUGUACUUUUUGGGGGGCAACGCCGCGGACGAUCCGCUGUUGAAAGAAGUUGGAGAGGAGCGGCACAGGCAGCAGAAGCAGAAGCAGCAGCAGCAGGAGGAGGAGGAGGACAGCAACUCCUCGCAGUUUCCCUCCGAGCUCCGACGCGAUGCUGUUGCAAAGUUUGCGAGGAAACAGUCCGCCGGAGUCGGCGUGCGUCCAGAAGAGCCCCUCAGGGGACGGAAAGAGGGGAGAGCGAUGAAUAGAGGGGUGAAUGCAAAGAGCAAACCUCGAAGUAAUGUGGCCCGAUCUGUGGUGAAGCGCCCCCGAGCCCAGGAGGAGGUCAUGCACUUGGCCGUGGUCGCCUGCGGGAACCGUCUGGACGAGACCCUCACCAUGGUCAAAUCGGCCCUCCUGUUCAGCCUGAAGAAGAUCAAGUUUCACAUUUUUGCCGAGGACCCUCUGGCCCCGCAGUUUGAAGAAAGGCUUAACCGGUGGCCCCGAUCCGUCUCAGCCAAGUUCCAGUACAGCGUCUACCCCAUCUCCUUCUCCGUGGGCAACGCAGACGAGUGGAAGAAGCUCUUCAAACCCUGCGCUGCUCAGAGACUCUUCCUCCCUGUGAUCCUGAAGGACGUGGACUCGUUGCUGUACGUGGACACUGACGUGCUGUUUCUACGGCCCAUGGAUGAUAUCUGGAGCCUCCUCAAGUCCUUCAACCAGACCCAGCUGGCGGCGAUGGCCCCGGAGCACGAGGUGCCCAAGAUCGGCUGGUACAGCCGGUUUGCGCGCCACCCGUUCUACGGCGUCACGGGGGUCAACUCCGGGGUCAUGCUGAUGAACCUCACCAGGAUCCGCAGUGCACUGUUUAAAAACAGUUUGAUCCCCACUGGGUUGUCAUGGGAGGAUCUUCUCCAUCCUCUCUAUCAGAAGUACAAGAACCACAUCACCUGGGGAGAUCAGGACCUCCUCAACAUUAUCUUCCACUACAACCCGGAGUGUCUCCUGAUCUUUCCCUGCCAGUGGAACUACAGACCUGACCACUGCAUGUACGGGAGCAACUGCAAAGGGGCCGAGGAGGAGGGCGUGUCCAUCCUCCACGGCAACCGCGGCGUGUAUCAUGACGACAAGCAGCCAGCGUUCAAAGUGGUCUACGACGCCAUACGUGACUUUCCCUUUGAGGACAACAUGUUCCAGUCGCUCUUCUACCCCAUCCAGACCAAGUUCCUGGACACAGUCAACACCCUGUGUGGUCGGAUUCCUCAGGUCUUCCUCAAGCAGAUAGAAAAGACAAUGAGGAGCGCGUUUCAGGAAAAAGUUGUGCGACACGUCAGACCACUGAAAUAACUCCUUGUGGAUUGUCUGCACUUGCAUUGAGGAAGUUCCUGAUAGACCUUCUGGAAUAAGGAUCAAAUAAUGCACAUCAUGCAUAUAGAACUCCCCUCAUUCUCCUGGUGAUGGUAUGGGUAAUAAACCUAUAUAUAAACAGAGACGCAUACAGUGCUGGUCAGUGAUGCCACAGAAUAGAUUUGCCUUAUUGCCCUUAUCUUUAUAUUUGCAUCACAGUUGCUUACGGGUGAUUUAUGAGAACGUUGGGGGAAAAAAGACUGCAUGAUUUAUUUUGUUUUUUGUCACGAACAAUGCUCAUCUCAAGUGAAAGAAACGUUUGAGACAUCUUUUUUUUUUGUCAACUCAGCAAUUGUACAAAGACGUCUGCCUCCUUUUACUUUUUCCUCCUCGCCGUUAAGAGGAGGUACGUGCCACUGAAAUGCAACUCUGGAAAGCUUCACUACUUGUGCAGUAGUAGAUUUCGUGAACCGCUCCUCUUGAAAAUUGAAAAAGUUGAAUGUGAAAGUUUUUGCAAGCAAACCACUUGAAUUGUGAGCCUGUGUGAAUGACGAAGAGUUCUGAUCUGCAGUCGCCAAAUGCCGCUGACAGUAUUAAGUAGAGCACAACACAUGAAAUAACGAUAUUUUUUUUUUUUUUUUAAUGUUAUAUACCGAAUGUUAAAAAUGCACUUUGAGAAUGAUUUUAAUACUGGAUGUUUUUUUUUUUUUUUGUAUUCAUGUUGACAUCAGAUGCUACCACCGAAUCCAAACCAAAAGUGCUAGCAUUGAAAUAAAGAGACAUCCUACAGUUAAUGAUGUGCCAUAUAUAUGUCUGCCUCAGUUACUAUUUACAAGACAGUGAGUGUAUAGGCGUGUGUGUGUGUCUGUGUUGAGAGAGUAUCCUGGCUCGUCAUAAUGUGAUGAUAUGGGUCAUGUGUUUUUUAAACAUUGCUGUCAUUGUGUUAUAAUGAUCUCAAUGUAUCAAAUCAUUUCAACCUGGAAACAGAAAAUGGCUGUAUGGUCAACACGCGUUUCUAAAAUAAAAAGAUGCAAUGUACUGAGCCUAA